UUGCAAUACUUCACUCUUCCGUCCAAACCUAAACUUAUAUCGCGCUGUCCACCGUAUGCAAAAUUUAAUUUUCUCAUCUUGAUUGCCUUCUCAUGGAUCUCUAGGGUUUUUCAGCGAAUCUCACUGCCCCGCCGCCUUGUUCAUCGUCUUCCAAGGGGGGCCAUCUGUGGCUUGAGGCGUUCCUCGCCGAUUUUGAUCGCUCUUUGGGAUCAUCCUGUUUGUGGCAUCUUCCUAGAUCUCCGAUUGUAUCUGAGUUAUUUGUUUGGGUCAUUUGAUGGACUUCGAGCAACCAGAUCGGUACGGAAACAGGAGGGGCUACCAGCGGGCGGGGCCAUCUCAGGUUCUAGACAGAAGCAACAAGGUGCGCCACCCUCCAAGUGGGGUAAGGGUCGAGCGGGUGGCAAGGCUCCCGACAAAAUCUGCAAUUACUUCCUCGCUGGAAAUUGUAGUUUCGGAGAUAAGUAUAGGUUCCUGCAUUCGUGGUUCAUGAGCGAUAGCUUCUCUCUCUUGACCCAACUCCAGGGGCAUCAAAAGGUAGUGACUGGUAUCGCUCUGCCUUCAGGGUCUGAUGAACUCUACUCUUGUAGCAAGGAUGAGUCUGUUCAUGUUUGGGAUACUCAAACUAGGAAGUGCGUUGGAGCCAUCAAUAUGGGAGGUGAGGUUGGAUGUAUGACCAGUGAAGGUCCUUGGUUAUUUAUUGGAGUUGUGAAUGCUGUCAAGGCAUGGAACACACAAACAACAACAGAACAAGGCCUUGAUGGCCCUGUCAAACAAGUUUACACUUUGACCGUUGGUAAUGGUAUGCUAUUUGCUGGAACACAGGAAAGUGAAAGUGAGGAUGAUGGUCUUAACAUGGGUGAUGAUGAUGAUGUUGAGGAACCUGAAAAUGAACCAGAGGUUGUUAGGAAAGAACCAACCAUUGAGAAACCUGCUCCUGUUUCAGCACCACCCAAAGAUGCUGAAAGGCAACUGUCAAAGAAGGAGCUUAAGAAAAAGACAAGAAGCAAUUGGAGCAAAGUAGUGAAGGGGAGAAGAAAGAAAGUGCUGGUGCUCCUUCAGAGAAUAGAAUCUUAAAGAAGAAGAAAUCCAAGAAAGAAAAAUCAUCAAAGGAACAGGAGGAGCAUGAUCAAAAUCAGGAGAAAGGAGACAUUGAAUCUGAAGUGGCAGAUGCAUUUGCAGUUGACGUAAAGGAAAGGAUAAAGAAGGUGGCCUCCAUGAGGUAGAAGAAAUCAAGCAAAGCGAUGGAUGCCGAACAGUUGAAUAAAAGGGCUUCUUACUUAAGUAGUAGGCUAAUUGGUACCUCAACUAGUCAAUUGGUGGAUACGGACUUGAUGUGUAUAAUAUUUAUGUGGAUACGAACUUGAUGUGUAUAAUAUUUAUGUGUUGGUUA